GUUUUUUUUUUUUAUGAAUUCUCUCGUAUUUUUGGGACACCAAAAAACAAAUAGAGAAGAGAGAAGAGAGAAGAGAGAAGAGAGAUAAACAGAGAGAGAGAGAAGAGAGAGAGAGGCAUGCAGUGGUGGCUGUUAUGGGGGAAGUGUUUUAUUGGAUCUUCACGUUUCUUCUAAUUUUGGCCCUUCUCGGUCUUCUCGGUUACCAGCUAAUAAUGUUGGUAGACCUGGAGUUUGACUAUAUCAACCCAUAUGAUUCAACGUCUCGGAUUAACCAGGUUAUCUUGCCUGAAUUCAUCAUCCAAGGGAUCUUCUGCGUCACCAAUCUAUUAGCAGGACACUGGGUUAUAUUCUUGAUAGGACUCCCUUGCAUGUAUUACAAUGUGAGAUUGUACAUUAAAAAGGAGCAUUUAGCUGAUGUUACUGAAAUCUACAAUAAACUGAAUUGGGAAAAAAAGAUGCGGUUAUUUAAAGUUGGACAUUCCGUCUUGCUAUUUGUCCUUUCUGUGCUAAGCUUGGUAUGGAGCCUUUCUGAGGAAUAGCAUGAACUGAAGUAGUUUAUCUCCAUGCCUGCUGCUGAUGAAAACAUUCUAUGCUUUUGUGAGCGAAAUCCAUCUUUUGAGCUGAAUUCCAUGGGCAUGCAUACAACAAUGCUAGUAGCAACAACACCACCAGUUGCAAACUAUAACAAUAGUUUCUGUUUGGUUCAGAGGAAUUUUUGUUCAAGGUUGCUAGCAAAUGAUUUGUCAAAUAUUUUAUUGGUUGCGCUCUCUCAUAAUAUGUGAAUGCUUCCUAUGCCACUAUCCAAAAAUGUAAAUUGGGAGUAAUGUGAAGGCCUUAAAGGAAUAAAGGCUUAUAAAUUAUUAAUCUCGAUUUGUUUUUGUUUCUAUGAAGCUUUCUAAACUAACAUUU